UUUCCCGUUGAUUAAAAUAUUCUCAGGAAAUUCAUCUUUCUUCCACGCAACCCCACCCCCCUCUCUCUCUUCUGCUACUUCGCCUCCUCUCUCUUUCUCUUUCAUCCGUUCACCCUCUCUCUCUCUCUCUCUCCUCCUCCCUCAGCUGAUUCCCCUCCGACCGAAGUCCCUUCAGCAAGAAGUUUGCUGUGUCCCCUUCAUCGUCGUCGUCGUCGUCCUCCUCGUACGCUGUCAACGGCGUCGCGGUCGCCUCUCGCUCUCGAUUGUUAUCUCUUCGCCCACUCCCAAAACCCUCGCCCUCGCCCUGCGCCCCGCCUCCGGUGGCGUCCUCCCGCGGCCGCCGCCUCCUUCUCCGGCGAACACCCGGGCCACCCGAAUUUCUGCUGCGGCGGAACUGAUCACCCCCGCAGCUAUUUCUUUCCAGAAUUAACCCAGCCGUUAUUGACUUAGAGAUAAUUAAUAAGCUCACCCCCUCAUCAGAGGUGGUUAACAUCACCAGCUAGCUGAAAAGAGAGCUUGAUAACAUCAGGGGAUUGACUUUGCAUGUUGUGCCAAUAAAUGGAAAGGUCCCAGUUCUGAUCCACAAUUAAUCUGGGGAAUGGACUGGUCGUAUUUGCCAACUGGAAAUACUUGUGAAUGAUGUUCAGUGGUCGUCAAAAAGGCACUAAUACUUCCAGCAAAUUUAAAUGGAAUUGGCGUGGUGAUUCCUCUUUGACUGCAGGUUUGCUUAGGGAUGUGCCCCCUGAGAUUGAAUUGUCUGAGUAUGGAAGGAUCCCAAGUCCUGGUAGUGAAAGCCCUUCAGCACUUCUCAAUGGGGAAAGUUUGAGUGUGGAACCAAUUACUGACUUGGACCUGUUUUUUGAGAGGCUUUAUAGUUACUACUGUGAGAAGGGGCUCUGGUGUAUUAUUAUUAAGUGGAUAGUUGAGCUGCUCAGUCUGGGUUUUACCAUUUGUUUCUCUGGAUUUUUCUUGCUAUAUGUUGAUUGGGAUGGGCUUCGCAAUGCAAAGUGUGGCAUGGAUGCUGUGGAGUCAGGAGUCAAUCCUUGUGAUCUGGCUAAGGAAGCUCUUCAUCAGCACCCUUUAAGCCCGCUGACCGUGAACAAAGCUAUCAUUGUUGGGUAUCUGGGGAUAUUCUCCAUUUACUGGAUAUUCUGCUUCUUUAGGUUUUUUGCUCAGUUAAAGGAUAUUCUGGGAAUUCGUCACUUCUAUUACAACAGUCUCCAUGUCACGGACAGCGAAAUCCAAACCAUGCCAUGGGCAACAAUCCUUGAGAAGGCUGUUAAGCUGCAAAGUUCACAAAAGCUAUGUGUUGUCAAGGAUCUCUCUGCCCAUGAUAUAGUCAUGCGGUUGAUGCGGAAGGAAAACUACUUGAUUGGAAUGGUCAACAAAGCUGUUCUUGCAUUUCAAAUAUCACCGUGGGUUCCUGGUGCUGGCCCUGCUGUGAGUUGUUCUGAUGGAAGGCAACGAAGACUGAUUCUUACAAAGACAUUGGAGUGGACUUUGAAUUGGUGUAUCCUUCAGAGCAUGUUUGACCGGAACUUUUGUGUUCGGAGGGACUUCAUUGUUAACCCAAGGGCAUUAAAGAAAAGGCUUAUCUUGGUUGGAUUCACAAUGCUUGUCCUUUCUCCUUUCCUUGUUAUCUUCAUGCUUGUAUAUCUCUUCCUGAGACAUGCUGAACAAUUCUAUAAUCAUCCAAGCACUGCAUCAUCACGAAGGUGGUCAAAUCUGUCGAGAUGGAUAUUUAGGGAAUUUAAUGAGGUUGAUCAUUUGUUCAGGCACCGUAUCAACAGCAGUGUGCUGCAUGCUUCAGAUUACUUAAAGCAGUUCCCAUCUCCUAUAGUUUCUAUUAUCGCAAAAUUCAUCUCCUUCGUCUCUGGUGGAUUUGCCGCAGUUCUUCUCAUAAUUGCUCUUCUUGAGGAGUCUCUACUGGAAGGCCAUAUCUUUGGGCGCCAACUUUUCUGGUAUGGAGCUGUUUUUGGAACAAUCACUGCUAUCAGUCGUGCUGCGAUUGCAAACGAACUUCUGGUACUUGAUCCAGAAGGGGCAAUGUCUAUGGUGGUCCAGCACACUCACUACAUGCCAAAGAGAUGGCGUGGCAAAGAAAAUAGUGAGGCGGUGCGGAUAGAAUUUGAGACUCUGUUUCAGUAUACUGGGAUGAUGUUACUGGAAGAGAUGACCUCUAUUUUCCUCACUCCAUACUUGCUUAUGUUUGUCGUUCCAAAGAGGGUGGACGAUAUUUUGCAGUUCAUCUCAGAUUUCACCGUGCAUGUUGAAGGUGUGGGUCAUGUUUGCAGUUUUAGUGUGUUUGAUUUCCAAAACCACGGGAAUAGCAAUUAUGGCUCGCCUCACAAGUCAUCUUGCAACCAGAGGAGUUCUCAGGGCAAAAUGGAGAAAUCAUUUUUGAGCUUCCAGAGCAGUUAUGCUUCAUGGGAGCCUGAUCUACAGGGGAAGCAAUUCCUCUCGCAUCUCCGAGCUUUUAGGGACCGAAUGCUUCAAGGACACUGCCCUAGGCCUUCAUACUCACCUCCUAGAGCAUGGUGGGCAGGCCCCAAUCUCAGAGGCUAUGCGGAGCGGAACAGCUUUUACUCAAGGGAGGUCCAACAGGAUGCUCUCGAAACUGGGAACCAUUUGGGCUCCCUGUGGCUUGUCGAUAUCGAUCAGAGGAAUCAUCCAUAUCUCCUCGACUGGUACUACACCUCUCUUGGAGCCCAACGUGGAUGUAUGGCAAAUCACCAGAUAGAAGAUCCUAAUGUAGAUGUGGCGGCCAAGCAGCAUCUGGGAGAGGACUUGUGGACCCCACCGGACUUUGCUCAGGACGAGGCAAGGUUCGAGGAGUUCUGGGGAAGGGGAGAAAGUACCAUGGAUCGAUCAGUGUCCCACCUCGGGGCUUCCACUUCUGUUGCACCUGUGUUGUUCCGAGAGAGCGUGUUUCAGCAGCACGAGUCUCGUAAUUUGGGUCCUCCCAGCAGAAGCCACUGGUGGGCCAGGAGUGGACCGAAUCUGAUGCAGAUGGAGACAAGCUUCAUUGAGCCUCCUGAGUUCGGGGGUGGGGCAUCCAAUAACUAUUAUUACGAUAAUCGAUCAGAGAGAAGUCUAGAGGAGGGAGAAAACGGGGAACGCUUGGACUGGAGGUUAGCUCAGAGGCCGUCUUUCCCGUCCUACUUGGAGGGGGAUGAUGGGAAAGAACCCUUGGACUGGGGGUUACCUCAGAGGCCGUCGUUUCCAACCAACUUGGAGGACGACAUUGAGGCAGGAGGUGUGAGUCUUCACUUUGACGAUAUCUACAGUAAACCACCCGAGACGCCACGGAUAGAUGUAGAACACGCUAGCUCGGGUUGGUGAAAGCGAAUUGAAAUUAUGUCUCCCAAAUUUCAUUUUGCAAGAAAUUGUGGUUCACGUUCCGAAACUAGUGGAAUGGAAGUGGACCUUCUGUAUUCUUUGUUGUAUAUAGGAUUUAAUUUGUCGGGUUAGGUUCUAAAUUGGCCAAUUAUCGGAAGUCCGAUUUGGAAUAUGGAAUGCUUGAGGGGCUGGGGAGUCUGAAUCAUUGAAGGCCUCCUCCCCAUUGGAACUGUAUGAACUGGGGCAGAAUCACUGCUUGCAAAUAUAUCGAUCGUCCAUUCUUCAUUGUA